CAAUCUGCAUAUGAGUCGGCAGUCUGCGGAGUGAGCUUUGUAUGCGGUUUGGGCAGGGAGUGUGUAUUAGAGGGUGAGAUGGCAAAGCAAAUGAGACCGGGUCUCAUCUUUCAGGGAUGCAAUAAAGAGACUGGGUUUUCUCAAGAGUCUCCAGAGAAUUCUGUGAUGUUUCUGGUGAAAGGUGUUUAAAAGAGACUCUGAUUGCAGCUCUGCCUUGGAUAGACGCUGUUGAAUCUGUAAGAGAUGCCACUGCCACUACCACUCAGAAGCUCCAAACAUGAGACUAAGAAAUCUCAGUCCAGCAAAAUUGUGCCCAAUGAUCAUGGCCAAUUUGAAAAGAGAGGGGAGAAUUACCAAGCAAAGGUAUCUCCAUCUUCACCUCAGGGACCACUCAAAAAGCGAUCAGCUUUGGAAGAUCUCACCAAUGCUUCUCAGAGUCAACCUGCCCAGCCCAAGAAGGAAGCCAAUAAGGAGUUUGUUAAAGAUAUUUCCAAGAAGAUAAACAGGAACACACCUGCUCUGGGGUUGGCCAAAAACAAUGAGAUGGAUAUAAAAAAGUAUGAGCUGGAACCCUCAUCAGUAGCAGUUACCACCAUGGUACUAACCUUUGUGGAGAAACCACUUAGUGUGAAUAUAUCUACAAUCUCCAAAACACCCACUACUGAGGAGGCAUCUCUUUUAAAAACACCAUUAGUUUUAAAAAAGAAACCCAAUACUGGGGACACAAUCUUCACAAAAAGGUCAUUAUCUUUAAAGAAGCACAGACAUUGGAAUAAGGUAUUCGAGGAGCCACUGUCCUUGCUGGAGGAGACUGAGAGUGAUUUGGAGUUUGUUUCAGAGCCAGUGACUUUUGGGAAUCAGCAUAAAACUGAGAAGGCAGCCUUCGCCAAGAAGACAUUAUCUUUUACAAAGUUGUGCACAUGUCAGGGGAAGCAGUCCUGCUGUGGGAAGGACUUGACCUCGCUGGACAUUAACGUUGACAAGGAAUCCUUUAUGGAGCCAGAAAACUUUAGGAAGAAGCCUGAAACUGAGGAGGCAACCUCCACCAAGAAGCUUUUAACUUUAAACAAGUGUACCACUCAGGAGAAUAUGUUCCAUAGGAAGAAGCCACUGAUACUGCGGAAGGCCACCUCUGGAGCGAGGUUGCGCAAUAAGGAACCAUUUUCCUUUGAGAAGAAGCCUAUCACUGAAGAGUUCUUUUUCCAAGAGCCAUCUCUAUUGCAAGAGAAGCAUACCACUCAGGGGAAAGUGUCCAUCUCGAAGAAACCCUUGGACUUGCAAAAGAUUCCAACUGAGGAGGAGUCACUUUUAAAGGAGCCUUUGGCUUUUAAGAAGAAACGUACCAUUGAGGAGGCAACCCCCACCGAGGUGCUAGUAUUUGUAAAGAAGAGACGUUCUACUGCAGAUAGGAUAUCCUGCCUGAAGAAGCCACUAGUAUUGCAGACCAUUUCUGAAGAGAAGUCACUCAUUAAGGAGCUAUUGUCCUUUAAAAAGAAGCCUACCACUGAGGAGGAGUUCCUCUUCAAGGAAUCAUCUGUGUUGCCAGAGAAGCACACCACUCAGGGGGAGGUGUCCAUUUUGAAUAAGCCCUUGGCCUUGCAAAAGACUCCAACUGAGGAACGGUCACUUUUAAAGGAGCCUUUGGCUUUUAAGAAGAAGCGUACCAUUGAGGAGGCUACCCCCAACAAGGAGCUAGUAUUUGUAAAGAAGAAACAUACCACUGAAGAUAAAAUAUCCUGCUUGAAGAAGCCAUUGGUAUUGCAGACUGUUUCUGAAGAGAAGUCACUCAUUAAGGAGCCAUUGUCCUUUAAAAAGAAGCCUACUACUGAGGAGGAGUUCCUCUUCAAGGAAUCAUCUGUGUUGCCAGAGAAGCACACCACUCAGGGGGAGGUGUCCAUUUUGAAUAAGCCCUUGGCCUUGCAAAAGACUCCAACUGAGGAGGAGUCACUUUCAAAGGAGCCGUUGGUUUUCAAGAAGUGUACAAGUGAGGAGGCAACCCCCACCAAGGAGCUAGUAUUUGUAAAGAAGAAAUGUGCCACUGAAGAUAAGAUAUCCUGCUUGAAGAAGCCACUAGAAUUGCAGACCAUUUCUGAAGAGAAGUCGCUCAUCAAGGAGUCAUUGUCUUUUAAAAAGAAGCCUACCACUGAGGAAGAGUUCCUCUUCAAGGAAUCAUCUGUUUUGCCUGAGAAGCACACCACUCAGGGGGAGGUGGCCCUUGUAAAGAAGCCAUGGACAUUGCAAGAGAAUAUUCACAGUAAAGAUGAAUUUCUUAUGGAGCCAGUUUCCUUUAGGGAGAAACAUACCACAAAUGAGGCAGUCUCCAGCAAGGAGCCAUUAUCUUUACAGAAGAAAAGGUACACCACUCAAAUAACAAUGUCUAUCUGCCAAGAAAUGUUGGACUUGAAGAACAUGAUUGGCAAAGAUAAGUAUUCCUUUGUUAUGGAACCAGUGACAUUUAGGAAAAAGUCUUCAACUGAGGAGGCAAUCCUUACCAAGACACUGUUAUCGUUAAAGAAGAAGCAAGUCACCCAGGGGGAGAUGUUUCUCUUAAAGACGCCAUUGGUCAUAGAGAAGACCACUUCUGAAGAGGAGUCACUCUUUAAGAAGGUGUUGCCCUUUGGGAAAAAGACUGCAACUGAUAAGGAUAUCCUCUGCCAGGAUCCAUCUGUAUUGAAAGAGGAGCACAGCACUCUGAAGGAGGUGUCCCACUCAGGGAAGCCGUUGGCCUUGCAGGAAAAGACUACCACUGAAGAAGAAUCAUAUAUUAAGGAACCAUUGGAGGAGCAGCCUACCACUGAGGAGGAAUUCCUCUUUCAGGAACAAUUUUCAUUGCAUGUUAAACCUACCAACAAAGAUGAGUCUAUUUUCUGGAAGGCUUUGAAUAUGCAGAAUAAGACUGAAAUCAAAGAGGACCCCUUGAAGAAGCUGUUGACUUCACAGGAGAAAAGCACCACCGAAGAGGGUUCCCUUUUGAAGAAACCAUUGGUUCUGAAGAAGAAGGUUUCCACUGAGGCAACAACAAGUGUAGAGAACCAAUUAUCUUUAGAGAAGUCCACUGCUCAAGGGGAGAUGUUCCUCUUGAAGAAGCAGUUGUCCUUGCAAGAGAACAUCACCAGUAUGGAGGAUUUUCUUAUUAAACAACCACUGGCCUUGCAGCAGAAGCCCAGCAUUGAGAAAGAGUCCAUCAGUGAGGAGUUAGCCUUUCAGGGGAAGCUUACCAUCAAUGAGGCAUUCCAUUUCAAGAUGUCUUCCUUGAAUGAGAAACCCACCACAGGGCAGGAAUUGUCCUUUGAGAAGCCAUUGGCCUUGCAAGAUAAUUCCACCCAAAAGAAGGACACCUUUCUUAAAGAUUUCUCAAUCCUCCAACUUGAGACCAGCUCACAUGUGUUCAACACUGCCCCUGAAUCUAGAACAAGCAUGUCCAGCUCUGGUACCAUGUCCAGUGUGAGGAAGUUUAAUACCACAAAGAAGUCCAGUGCUUGUAAAUCCAGUUCCAAUAAACUUUUCUCAUCUUGGGGCAAGAGAUCACAUAAGGAGGUAACCAUACUGGAGGAGAUUGAUGAGAGCCACUAUGAUCCAUAUUUCAACUUAGUAUAUGCCAAGGAUAUCUUCAGAUACAUGAAGGAGAGAGAGGAAAAGUUCAUACUUAGAAAUUACAUGAAGAAUCAGACUGACAUCAGCAGUGACAUGAGGGCAAUUCUUGUGAACUGGUUGGUGGAAGUACAGAUUACCUUUGAGCUGAAUCAUGAGACCCUCUACUUGGCAGUGAAGCUGGUGGAUCACUACCUCAUGAAGAAAAUAUGCAAAAAAGAGAAGUUACAACUCCUUGGUUCCACUGCUUUUCUGAUUGCAGCAAAAUUUGAGGAGUCCUACCCACCGGGUGUGGAUGACUUCCUGUACCUCUGUAAUGAUGCUUAUCAGCGAGAUGAGAUGCUAGCCAUGGAAAUCAGUAUCCUGCAAACCCUCAAAUUUGAUAUCAACAUUCCUGUCGCCUAUCAUUUUCUGCGCAGAUAUUCUGUGUGUGUCCGUGUCAACAUGAAUGCAGUGAUCUUGUCCCGUUUCAUCUGCGAGUUGACCCUGCAAGAAUAUGACUAUAUCCAGGAAAGGGCUUCUAAGCUAGCUGCUGGUUCCUUCCUCUUGGCUCUCCACAUGAAGAAGCUUGGAUGCUUGGCUCCUACCCUGGAAUAUUACAGUGGUUACACGACCUCUGAUCUUUACCCCUUGGUCAAAAAGCUGAACAUGCUGCUGUCUUUACGUUCUUGCGACGAUAGGCUCAAGUCUGUGCGUUCCAAGUAUUCUCACCAGCUCUUCUUUGAAGUCACCAAAACCCCCCCCUUGGACAUGUUGAAGCUGGAGGAAAUUUUGAAUUCCUGCUAAUUCUGAAACAGAGCCUCGAACUCUGGCAGCAGCUACCAGGGCCAGGCUGGCAUGUAACUAGACUGUAUUUAUUCUGUCCUUGAAUUUGUUUUUUGAUUACU